CAUUGGGAAUUUACUCCAAUGGAUUGCUACCUUAGCGCGCGGUUAUCGCCCCUUAUCGCUUGUAGCACUGCACCGGCGUCGGUUGCAAGCGGCAUCUGGGCAGGCAGGGCCAAAACACUGGUUGUACGCUUGGAUGUUGAGAAUACAGAGUCAGUGGACACGGUGCUUGGCGUCAGCUCGCGCGGCGAAGCAAUUCGCGUGGGCCCUAGUCUUCGCCUAGCCAAGGCAACGAACCCUGAGGAGCACUAUGGCAAUCUUGAUAUUCAUAGCAUGACUUGGGAUGCUUUCACAAGCUCGUUCGUGGCGCUGGGCGGCGAGCGCAGCCCUCAGGUGCUCAUCAUGACGCCCAGCGGCGACGACACGCUGCUGGUCGCGAGCCUUCCAUCCGACCUGCCAGCCGAGUCGGGCGAUGGCGAAGGGCCUCGCAUGCGGUAUGACCGUGUGCCGGAUACCCUGACGUCGGACGGACGCGGUGCGCUCUACUACCUGGCCUGGUGCGAAGUGCCAAAUCAGUCCGGAGUCCCCUUCAAGCAGUACGCCAUUCGCAAACUGCAGCUGCCGCAGUCAAUGCGCCGCCAGCCCGCUCCGCAGCAGCAGGCGCAGACGCAGGGGGAUGCGGGCGGGUCAACGGCCGGCGGAGCCCAGGCGCAGGCGGAGGGCGGCCCUGCUGCCGGCGCCCCUGCGCGCGCAGCAGGCGGCGGCAUAACGGACCGCUCCUGGCAGCUCCCGGAGGACUGGUGCCAGGCGGUGCUCAAGGACCGGGGCGGAAUCUGGGGCAUGGUGCACCUGAACGCCAGCCCCGCCACCGGCAGCGAGUGUUUGGUGCUCGCCUCGCGCCGCGCUGUGUACCGGCUGUCGCUACCGCUGCCGGGAGAGGGCACGGCGGGCGCAGCGGGGCCGGCGGGGGCAGCAGGGGCAGCGGAGCUGGCGGGGGCAGCAGGGGCAGCGGAGCUGGCGGGAACAGCAAGGGCAGCGGGGCUGGCGGGGGCAGCGGGGCUGGCGGGGGCAGCGGGGGCAGCGGGGGCAGCGCCACCGCAACAGCAGCAGCUGGCGGCGCCGCAGCUGCUGGCCGGUUUUGAGGAGGGCACCGGCGGCGCUGCAGUCGACGGCCCCGGCGGCGAGGCGCAGUUCGUUGGGGUCAUGAGCAACCUGGCUGUGGACGGGCACGGCCACGUGCUCCUGCUGGAUAAGGGCUGGGAGCCGGCGCCCGGGGCCCAGGGCCCCACGAUGGGCGCCGUCCGCCGCAUCCGCCCCGGCAAUGGCGCCGUCACCACCGUUGCACGCCUGAAGUGCCCCGCAGCCCACGCAGUAAUCUGCCUCACCGGCACCGGGUUCCUGUGCGCCUCGUGGGCGGACGCAUGCGACGGCACGGUGUUUGAUCUGGGUCUGGCGCCGCCGGCGCACCUGCAGCAGCCGCAGCCGGCCGCCUCGCUGAUGCGGCCCCUGUCCGCCAAUCUGGGUUGGUUGCUGGAGGAUGCGCAGCAGCCGGGCGGCGGCGGCGGCGGCAGUAGUGGCGGCGGCGACGGCGGCGGCAGAGCCGAUGUCAGCGCAGCAGACCUGACGAUCUGCGUGGGCGAGCGCCGCUUCCCCUGCCACCGGACCAUCCUGGCCGCGCGCUGCGACUACUUCAAGCACCGCCUGGCAAGCGACGCGUUUGCGGACGCGCGCGCGGCGGAGCUGGAGCUGCCGGACGCGGACCCUGACGCCUUCGAGCUGCUGCUGCGCUGGCUGUACACCGGCGGCGCCGCCGCCGCAAUCCCGGCGGAGCACGCGCGCAGCGUGGCGGAGCUUGCGGACCGCCUGCUGCUGCCGGAGCUGUGUGCGGCGGCGCUGGCGAGCGUGGCGGGCUCUGUCACGGCCGCGACUGUGGUGGACGGAAUGCUGUGGGCGGCGGGGGCGGCGCACCGGCGCCGUAGCUUCGUGCAGCUGCUGGCGGAGCUGAAGGAAUGGUACGUGGAACACCACGAACUGGUGUGUCGCGAGGAGGGGGCUAGCGUCCAGAGGCUCAUGGAGCAGCGGUCCGAUCUGGCGCUCGAGUUGAUUGUUUGUGCGCAGCAGCGGGCGCGGCAGCAGCGCAGUGCUAAGCGGCAGCGGGCGUGAAGCGCUGCUAGUCCAGAAGAAUGGAAGCGGCCGGGUGCGGGCGUAGGAUGUUGGGUGUAAGACAAUUGCCAGUGGGCAGGUCGGUGGUGUAAAGCGAGACUGGGCCCGGACUGUGGGUGUCAUUGUGGGCUGUACAAUCGCGUGAAUGCCUGUGUCAGUAGCAAUACCCUGUGCUUCGUUACUGUGUGGGCACAAGUUGUGAGAAGUCUCCUGACAAUUCGUACCGUAUGCAAUACUAGCAUUGUCGUUCUAUGCAUAUGCGGUGCAAUGAACCUAAGAUUGCUGAACGUGUUACGCGCAGCUUGAUGCUGCGCUGUUGGGGUAUCGAGGCAACGGGAUUGCGGUUGUUGCGCCGCUGGGCAAUCCUACAGCGGCGCGCAGUGCCGAGUCCGCAGCCGUGGGCGCUUCUUGUGUUCUUGUUGCAAAUCAAGGAAACAAGACGGUAAGCGUUCUUGUGUGUGGUGCGGCGCGCACAGGCGUGCAUUGCUGCACAGCAGAGUGGCGGCAGUGACUGAACAUAAGAUGGGCUCAAUUGCAAGAUCUUGAAGAGGGUUUGCGUGCCGCAGCACCAGCCAGCAUUUUGCCGUUCUGCGCGUGUGAAACCAUGCAUGGAUGUAAGCAUGUGUGACC